GCCAUUCGCCGGCCCAACACGUUCACGUUCGCCUUUAACCGAGCCACAACACAAAACAAAUCUAGCCGAGAGGUUAGUUCACCUUUCAGCUGUUUCCGCCACGUUCGGUCCGAUAUCGUAAACAUCGACGGAGUGUGAAUGGUUGCAGACCAACCGUCUGUUUUCAGUGAGAAUAUUACGUUUUUUCGGACAAAAUUCUUCGUGUUUAUGUUCUAACUGAAGUGGAUCAAUAAUUAAUAAUAACACAGACAAGAUACACUUUGAACCAUCGGAGCACGUAACUCGGACUUUGCACCAUGGCCUUCGCCAACAUUCGGCCGUGCGCACCACCUAAACGCCAGCAGCCCGCCGCCCACGAUGACGCUGCCUGUGGCCCGACCGCUGCGCGCUCCUAGCGAUAGGGCGUCGGCGCAUCAGCAGCAGCAGCAAUCGCCGGUGGGCAGGCGCAGAACGUCCUGCCUGGGCGGUGGCGUCGCGGGAGGCGGCGCCGGCGGAUGGAGCGACGCCGUUAAGCAGACGACGCAGGCGCGCCGCUCCUGGCACCUGGGCUACGGGGCGCUGCACGACGUGGAGGAGACGACGAUUUCGGCGGUGGCAGGCGCGAUCAGCGGGGCAGUGCGCAGGGCAGAAGCCUGCAAGAAAGGAAAAGUAGCCGAAAAUGCAGUUCUUCUCGACUCGCCGCCUAAACCCCGUCCCACCAUCACCCGCGCCCACAACGCUCCGCGCCCCCCUCCGCUCUCUUUUACCCAUCAGCCAGUCGUGCCCACCCACGCGUCACCCCUUCACCCGCCGGCAUCACCCGCCACUGAGGCGACGACGCCGGGUGGUGGGGGCUUCCUGUCGCGCCUGCGCAGAGGGCGACGCAACAGUGGCGGCGGUAGCGGGGAGACCGAUCAGCUGGUGAAGAGGAACGGCCAGGCGACCGGAACCGUCAUUAAGCCGGCCGGAAGUCUGGCCAGCCUGCGGAAAUGCGAGACUGUGUUGGCCCUUACUAGUAUUCUCAGAUCUUCUUCUAGCUCUUCCUCCAUCGAACCCCUCCAGCCCCAGAACCGGCUGCGCAUCGCGCCCGAGGGCUCGCAAUCGCGCCUCUGCUCACGCUGCUCCAGCCUGCUCACGCUCGCCUCCGGGUCACGCUACUCGCUGGACUCGGCUGCGGGCGGCUUUGUCCGGGUACCGCCCACCCCCGAUCGACUUCCGCCGCCUAUCCUGUGUAAACUGUGUCUGGUGGAGGUGCCGGCUAUGUCCGCGGUGAGGAUACGGCAGUGUGAGUGCGCGUUCUGUUCUGAGUGUAUGAAAGCCUAUGUAGAAUUCGAAAUAUCGGAGGGAGCCUAUGAUAUUUCCUGCCCCGAUGCACAAUGCCCUGCUCAGGGAGUCCUGCAGCAGGACGAGAUAAAAAGACUGGCUGGCAAUGAUUUAUUAGAGAAACACAAGAAAUAUAGACUUAAUAGAGAAAUAGAAUUAGAUAAAAGCCGUUGUUGGUGUCCAAGAGCGGGAUGUGAAACAGUUUGCAGUUUGUGUCCUUCGCAACCUUGCUCACCACAGAGCGUGUCCUGUCCCACGUGUUCGACUGAUUUUUGCAGUAGCUGCAAGUUGGAAUGGCACGAAGGUGUAACCUGUGAAGAUCACGGCAAACGACUGGCUAAGGAGGGAAAAGCUGCACCUGAUGCAGGCAUUCCUUUCGACUCAGAUCUGAUAAAAUGUUGCCCUAUGUGCGGGGUGCCCAUAGAAAAGGACGAAGGUUGUGCCCAAAUGAUGUGUAAAAGAUGCAAACACGUUUUUUGUUGGUAUUGUCUAGCUAGUUUAGACGACGAUUUUCUUUUACGCCAUUACGACAAAGGUCCCUGCAAGAACAAGCUGGGACACUCGCGCGCUUCCGUCAUCUGGCACAGGACACAAGUGAUCGGUAUAUUCGCGGGGUUCGGUAUAUUGCUUCUGGUCGCGUCCCCUUUGCUGCUACUCGCGGCACCCUGUAUAGUGUGUUGUAAGUGUCGCAUGUGCAACGCGGGCACAUCGAAAAUGGACAACGAAGAAGAUAUUCAAGAUGAAUCGUGAUAAUAGAAAUUAUUACUGGUUUCGAUAAAAUACAGAAAAAGGCUAGUUUUUUUUAUAAAAUAAAGCUUAAUAUUACAGGUUGGUAUCUCACUACCAAAUUUAGGAAGUCAUUUUUUAAUAGCAGUGUUAAGUUUCAAUAAUACCGUAGAUGACUAAACAGUUUUAUAAUCGAGGUAUCUUUGGCCGUUGACAACUAAAUUGUUGUAAAUAGCGUAUAACAAAAUUAGGGGCAUUAAAACAAAUAGUAUUUAAAAUUCGAUUUUAUUUACACACUAACUAUUCACAGCUAAAAAUUCUAAAAGAAUUUAUAGACAAUAUACGGACCAUAAAACUGUCUUAUUUAGUUGACUUUAAAUUGACGAAGGAGCGUUGCAUCAAGAAAUUUGCAUAUCAUCCUAUAUUUGUCGAGCCUUAGUUAACAAUUUAUAUUAGUUAACAUUAUUCAUCGCCAAGAUGCACCAAAUGAUAUAUCACUGUAAUAUUAAGUACUUAUAUGUACUUAAUAUAUACUACUUAUAAGUACUUAAAAGUACUCCCCUAAAAUAAAUUCCUGUAUCCGCCCCUGAUAAUUACUGUAGUAUUACUGUUCUCGUGUAUGCAUCAUGUAUUCAUUUUUGUUUCGUGCAUCUUAGCGUUGAAUAAUGUAUACUUCUUAUUGCAGUAAUACCCUGCUUUACGCGGUAGAUGUGUUCUAUAGAAAAUCGCGUAAAACGGAAAUCACGUAUAACGAUCUACACAAGGAUAUAGGCCGGCGCGGCGCGGCGCCGGGCUGCCGGUAUUAGCCCUAUUGCCAAUAUAUCCAGUUUUUCGCGUAAUAUCGAAACCGCGUAAAGCGGGGUAUUACUGUACUUAUAUUUUGUAACAGAUGGAAUAUUUUUUAUUGAGUUUCUGGAUGCAUUUUGUUGGAUAUUAUUAACUCAGCUUAAAUUAUUUUAAAAGUGUAAAGAAUUCGAUUGAAUUUAGCAAAACGUCUAAUGCCCUUGCGAGUCGACGUCCAAAAAAAACCUUCAAUUAUAGAACUUCUACAAAUACUGAAUUCUGCUAAGCAAGUACCUGUGAUCAUUCGUAAACAUAAAUAUACAUGCCUGGAAUGUGCUGUACUAUGUUAUUUGUGGUCUAUCUGUUUUUGCCAAAUAUGGGCUUGCCAUUUAGGCUUGUCAAAUAUAUAUCUGAUUGGAUAUUAGUUCUCUACAAUGCGUACACUUGAUAUAUAAUUUGAUCGAAAAAAGGCGUCAGGAUGGCAUUGAAAUGAAGUAAUGUCUGUCACUAAACGUUCUCCAACCCAGUGUGAGUACAUCUCAAUUGCAAAACCUCAAACGAGGGGUUGGGGACUCAAACCCUCACAAUCUUUUCAAAAUGUUUAUUUCAAAAAAUAAUUUUGUUUAAAAAUGGGGCUGAAACAUGUUGAUUCUGAUUCCCGAUUGAUGAAACUGAUUUCCGAAACAUGUUGCCCCGUUUUUAAACAAUUUUUUUUUGAAAUAAACAUUUAGAAAAGAUUGUGAGGUUUUGAGUCCUCUACCCCUCGUUAGAGGUUUUGCAAUUAAUGUCUGUCAUUUUAUAAGUAAAAUUAUAUAGGGAAUAUCGGUCGAUCGUCAUUUCCAAGCCAACAGGACGCCGUUUUUAUUUUUCGAUCCUACGGUAUGUAUAAUGAUAAAGUCUUUAUUUUCUAAUAAUAAAUACUCAAUAUUCUAAAUUCGUGUAACCAUUAUUUUAUCGCAAUGACGUUAAAUACAAUUUUAAAAAAUUCAAAAAAAAAUUGUUUUUCUCUGACUGUAUUUUAUCGAAGGUUUCUAGAGUAGUGUUUCUUUUAAGUACGCUUCUUUUAGUGCUGUGCAUUGAUGACUUUAGUAUUUGGGUUCAUUCUAUACCUGUCUUAUUGUGAUUUCACUGGAAAUGUAUAAUUAUAUUUUUGUUAUAUUUAAGAGUUUUUAUUUAAUCUUGAAAGUUUAUUUGGCAUAAGUUAAGUAUGUUAAGCCGUAAUACGAAGCAUAAUGAGGUUCGUUUUAAAAUAAAAUACCACGGUUUAGGCACACGAGAGAGAAAUACAUAAACAAAAAUAUUGUAUUACUUUGAAAGAUUUUUUUUUUUAAUUUUUUUUUAACAAUAGACACUUCCUGGAUAUAAAUAUCGCAUGAUAAAAAAAUCAGCAUCAAGGUACCUUAGAAAUGACGAUCGAUGACUUUUACAUGUAUACGAAUAUACCUAUAAUUAUGUUACAAAAUUUAUAAGGUAAAUUGACGCCAUUUUUUUUCGAUCAUAGGGUAUGUUCUAGUAUGCAACAGGAGAUAAACAACUUAUUUUAGAAAGAAAAUUUUAUGUCAACAAGAUGAACACAAAGCCAUAAGAAAGACUUGAGCGAUAUUGAAGUAAAUAGAUAUAUGUAUUAUGUUUUCGUUUCAUUCUAAAAAUAGUUUUAGUGCAGCGUUUUAUUUUGUCUCACUUUUUUGUCGUGCUAUUACACUGUAUUAUUUUAGUUUGACACCGCGUUUACACCAGUCAAGUAAAUAAUUGAUCAAGUCACUUGAAACCAACUGAACUGAAAGCAUAUUCCGAGUUUACACAUUUCAUGUCAAAAAGCUUCUGUUAGUUGGUUCAAAAUGGCGACAGUGCGUAAGACUGUAUUUUAAACUGCCAAUAUAAUGGCAAUAAAAUUAAGAGAAAGUUUAUUACAUAAAAACCAAGACAUUGACUUUCUUAAAAUACUUGUUUUCCCGAAGUUGCUAGCUCUCGUACUAUAAUUUUGUGUUAGGAUUAUGUAUAUCCCAUAUACACCCCUAAUUUUUUUAAAUAUUAAUAAACCUCACAGCAGUUUCUUCUAGCCACCUACUUGCCAUCAUUUAAAAAACACUACUUGAGCGCCAAAAAUUAAACCGACAAAGGGCAUGUGUGAUAUAUUUUU